UUCAAAGACACCAACCAUUCCUCCUCCUCUCUUUCAACUGCCAUUCUCUCCAAACACCAAACCUUAUCUGAAGACUUUCAUCUAAUAAUCCUCCGACCAUGGAAACCGGUUGCAGCUUCAUAUCAUGCGAGAAGUUGGAUCGAAUGGCCAACUGGGUCGGCACCAGCGUUGCCUCUGCAUUCUUUGCCUCACUUGAGCGCUGCUCCUGCAUCAAUCUCAGCACCAACGACUUUGACGAAGAAGAGGAGGCCAACGAUCGUCCUUUCAUGUUGACCAAGCCUGUCGUUCAGGAAGAACCUCAACCACCGGAGCAGGCCCCCUCCCCACCACCUCUAAGCUCCUCAUCUGAUGACUGAUGCUGCCUUUCUUCCUCUGGGGUUCGUUGGUUUUCUAUAAAAUUUUCGCCUUUGUCUACUUGUCUGUCUCUCAUCUCAGUUAAUGUGAAUCCAUUUCCUUACAGUUUUUGUAGAUUAAGUUUGUGUUAAACUGUUUUCUUAAUGGUUGUUUAAUGUUAUUUUGAAUUUCUUUGUGAAAUUAAUGGAAAUUUGAACCGAAUAUUUGUAUUAUAUAUGAUUUUCAUAUAAUAAGGAAAGCAUUGAAAAUAAAAGUAGAAUGAUAUUUUUUUCUCUGCAUAGUUCAUGAUUCAGUAAUUUAAGCCUUGAAUCUUCGUUAUUAUUGUCUUAUGGCCAAAAUGGAUAUUAGUGAAUCUUGAUUAAUAUUUGAGCUAAACCCAGUAUGGCUCUUAACCUUGAUUACCUUGUUUAAGCCAGGUACACAAUGUGAAUUAACUUUAUUUAGCUGUUUUUUUCCCGUUUCCUUGGUUGGUUUAAAUACUUUUUACAUUUAAUUUCUUUCAAAACUAUAGCGUACCAAGUUUUUGUGUUUUUAAGUUUCAUGCAGCUUUUUGCUACUUAUUAUGGGGGAGAGUUUGUACAGUCAAUGACAAGAGUGAGAUUUGUUCCCCUUACUUCAAGCGGCCUAACGUGUCAAAAAGAAAUAAGACAUAAUUAAUGGUGAACUUUUUCUAUAGACCUGCUGUAGUUAUCAUUUUCAUCGUCAUUGCAUUUUUUGCCCCUUGGAAGGGAGCUGUGUUUCUGAGUCAGGACAGCUUUCUUGUGGAAAUAUUCUAGCAUGUCCUAUGGAUCUUGACUUGGUAAUUCGAUGCAGCUUGUUAAAUAUUGUAGU